GUUGCUGUUUCCAUGACUGGCCGCCAGCUGCCCUUCCUGUGGAUCUGCUGGCGGCCUGGAAGUACUUGGAUGGACAACAGGAUUUGAAGAAGACGGCAUAUGUCGUCGAGGGAGAUGGCUUGCUGCCCCUCCUUGGCCGGCUACAGCGAGAGCUGGGUGACGCCGACCCGGCCGACCCCUCGGCGCCCCCGGCAGCCUCCGGGGCGGCCUCCGGGGCGGCCUCCGGGGCGGCCUCCGGUGCUGCCCCUGCAGCCCCAGAGCCGGAGCUGCUGUAUGCGCUGCCGCUCUACCGGAAGCCGGCCUUCCCAGG